UCGCCAUCCUCAUGGCUUCGACAACCGUGCUUGUCGACCCAGCUACUGUCCUCGGAAAACGUAGAAGGCCUCAAUAUCUUCUAAAACUCACGUCUAGUCCUGAACCGCCGGCCCUUGCGGACGAACGACGCGCCUCAAGCUCGAAAACAGCUCCGCCAAUCAUCGUCAACGGGAGCCUCGUUCUUGCGUCAAGCAAACGACGUUAUCAAUGCACGCAUGAUGGCUGCAAUAAGGUCUAUACCAAACCGUCGCGUUUAGAAGAGCAUGAGAGAUCGCAUUCGGGAAAUGUUGAUAGUCCUCACGUCCUUGUCUGGCCCACCCAUUGACCCUACCUCCAGCGUCCUUUCGUUUGCGAAACAUGCGACAAGUCCUAUCUACGGGAAACGCACCUCCAAGCCCACUCUCGCAGUCAUCUACCGCACUCGGAGCGCCCAUACGUUUGCACUGAGAGCAAUUGCGCAAAACGAUUCUGGACUUCUCAGCACCUUCGGACGCAUGUCGAUUGGCAUAAUGGAGCGAAACCAUUUGAGGCGAGGGCCCCAAUUCCGUGUGUGCGUUGUUGCUAAGCAAGGCGAACAGUGUUCAGAGGACGAUUGUCACCAAAGUUUUGCAAAACAUCAUCAGCUCCUCUCACAUAAGUGCAGCGAACAUGCGCCACCCGGUUCGAAGCCCUACCGCUGUAACCACGAGGGAUGUAUCCAAUCCUUCUCAACAAAUCAACAUCUACGAACCCACGCAAAGGUUCAUAAUGGCUCAGUCAAACGAUAUACUUGCGCGCAUCCCUCAUGUAUAUCCUCGAAUGACGAGUCAAUAAUCUACUUCCAGACUUGGACUGCAUUGCAGCAUCACAACCGGACUGUUCAUCCUCCGACUUGUCCGUAUCCAUCUUGCGAAGGGAAGACUUUUACGGCUCAAAAGGGUCUUCGGGCGCAUUUUAAGCUUCACGAGCAACAAAUGAUAGAGGCGGAAUUGACUGGCGCACUUUCCGACGACGACGAACGUCCGCCAAAAAAGAAACGUCGAGGAGGGGAGGUUGGACGGGACUGGGUUUGUGGGCGAGACGGGUGCUCUAAGGACUUCAAAUCGAAAAAAGCCAUGACCACACAUGUGAACAUCACACAUCUGGGCCGACGGGAUUUUGAAUGCUCCCAUGAAGGUUGUGAUCAGAAAUUUGGAUACAAGCACCUCUUGCAGCGGCAUCUCGCCAAGCACACAGCUCCGACAUCUUCAAGUGACGAUUCAGACGACACUUCUCCCAAGGCCCCUGAUUUGACCAUCGACAUCGUCACUGGCCAGGCCUAUGCACAUUCUGCUGAGAAGAAACUCGAAUCGUUCCAAGCAAUCCAAUGCCCCUUCCCAAAAUUGGACGGCCUAGGCCUUGUUCGGGUGUCCAGUAGCAAAUUGACAUGCGCCUACGUCUUCAAUCGUGCAUACGAUUUCCGGAGACAUCUGCAGUCUGCCCACGAUAUCACCGUCGAAAAAGAUGUUGCCACCUCCUGGGUUCAACGACACCGGGUUUCUCUCUUAGCAUAG